AUGGACGAUUAUAUUGUAUUGUUAUAUAAUACUUCAAAUCAUCGUGUUUCACUUCAACAAUUACCACAUACAAGUGAACAUGUUACAUCGACUCAGAUUUUAACUACACCUCAUGCAUGCAUUAUGUGCAGAAGACCAUUUGACAGUCCAGAUGGUUCAUCAGCUAGAACAUUGUUUGAAAUCCUCGAGGAUACUUUAACACUUUCCGAAAAUUCUUUUAAUCAAGGUUAUUAUGAAAGAUUUUUUAUUGAAGAAAAAAAAUUGGGGAGAGGGUUUCGUGGAUCAGUGUUUCUUUGUAAGCAUGUUUUAGAUAAUGUUCCUUUGGGGGAGUAUGCAAUCAAAAAAGUUGCUGUAGGAGACAAUCAUGCAUGGUUGGUUAGGAUGUUGAGAGAAGUACAUUUAUUAGAAACAUUACAUCAUCCAAAUAUUGUGGAUUAUAAACAUGCUUGGCUAGAAUAUCAUAAAUUGACUGAUUUUGGUCCACAAGUUCCUUGUUUAUUUAUCCUUAUGGAAUGUGCUAAUGCUGGAAAUUUGGAAGAGUAUUUAAAUGAAUUUGAUGAAAAACUUACACCAAAAGAACGUUUGUUGAGGGAAAGACGAAUGAAGAGAGCUACUGAUGGCAGUGGUCGUCAUAAUUUUAAUAACAGGGAAACAAGAUCUUCAAUACGUUAUCUAGAACUUCAUGAAAUAUGGUCUUUAUUUAUGGAUAUUUGUAAAGGACUGGCUCAUUUACACAGACAUGGUAUUGUCCAUAGGGAUUUGAAACCAUCAAAUCUUUUGUUACAUUACAAUAAUCCAAAUGAUAGAGCUGGCAUUCCAAGUGUUUUAAUUUCUGACUUUGGAGAAUGUGAAGUAUUAGAUCAACUUACAGAACGUGAUCGAACUGGAGCAACAGGAACUCUUGAAUUUAUGGCUCCAGAAUUAGUCACUGUUGAUGACAAAGGAAAAUAUCUAAAAGAUUACUCUCCAAAAUCUGAUAUAUGGUCACUUGGAAUGGUUCUUUAUUACUUAUGUUAUUCACGACUUCCAUAUCAUCAUGUGGAUGAUGUUGACCUUUUGAAACAGGAAAUAUUGGAUUUUAACCUAGCUUCAUUCCCUGAAAAUAAGAAUACAUUCAUUCAUGAACGUAAAAUUCCUUCACAAAUAAGGAAUUUAAUUAAAAGAUUAUUAUCACGUAAUUCAAAGGAUAGACCUUUAUGUGAUGAAAUUUUAAAAUCUAUUGAAGAUAUACAGAAUAGCUUCAAUGUUAGAGAUGCAAAAUCAGUGUUUGUUGAUAAAUUUGGAGCUUCAACAAUAUCUAGUUCAGAUAUACCAGCAGCUGCAUCAAAUUCAACAUCUUCUGAAUCUAUUAUUAUUGAUAACAAUGUGUUGGGCACUAGCAGUAUUGAAGCUUCAAAAAUUCCAUCAGAUACUGGCAACUUAUCAAGUUUAAUUGAAAAAGAAGAAAUUAUAGGUAAAUCAGAAAUCAAAUUAUUGGUGACAAAACAUCCUAAUGUUAAUGAACGAAUUGGAAAUGUUGAAGAAAAUGUUGAAUUACCAGAAUCAUCAUCAUUAUUUGAUACAAUUGAUAAUAAUGAUAAGAAGGCUGUACUUUGGAUAUUACCUCCAUCCACACCAACAUAUAAAUUUACUUAUUUGAUUAAUGUGCUUUACUCUCAAAUAUCUAAAAAAAUUUUAUGGA